UGCUAUAAAUCCGAGGAGGCCGUCUCCCCCCCCCCCCCCCUCUCCCCCUCCGCCGCUACUCCCCUGCCCCCCCCCCCCCUCGUUAGGGUUUUCUCUUUUUUCGGGGGAGAAAUCUCAAGAGGCGGCACCAUGCUCGUGUACCAGGACAAGCUUUCCGGCGACGAGCUUCUGUCGGAUUCGUUCCCGUACAGGGAGCUGGAGAACGGCGUGCUCUGGGAAGUCGAUGGCCACUGGGUCGUUCAAGGAGCAGUUGAUGUGGACAUUGGAGCCAAUCCCUCUGCUGAGGGUGGUGGUGAUGAUGAGGGUGUUGAUGACCAGGCCGUGAAGGUGGUUGACAUUGUUGACACCUUCCGUCUUCAGGAGCAACCUGCUUUUGACAAGAAGCAGUUUAUCUCUCACAUGAAGCGCUACAUCAAGAACCUCUCUGCCAAGCUUGAAGGGGAUGACCUAGAUGCUUUCAAGAAGAAUGUUGAGUCUGCCACAAAGUAUCUUCUUAGCAAGCUCAAGGACCUUCAGUUCUUUGUUGGCGAGAGCAUGCAUGAUGAUGGCGGCGUGGUGUUCGCCUACUACAAGGAGGGAGCUGCUGAUCCAACUUUCCUGUACUUUGCACAUGGGCUGAAAGAGGUCAAGUGCUAAUCGCACUGUAUGCUAAAAUCUAUGCGGUCGUCAGUAAUUUUGCUCUUAUCUAUGGUUGUCAGUCGACUCUCCAAUGUUGGUGUCAGUAACUGUCAGAUGUUGAGUGUCUUGAAAACUUUCUGAUAAUUGUGGGAUUUGCUUUGUAAUGGUAAUCGUGAAAUUGGUGUGGUUGUGUUUUGGU